AUGUUUGAACUCCUUUCCGGCAUCCUGAAACACUUUCCUGGUACCCACACUCGAGUGUACAACAAAAUUCAAGAAAUGGAAGAUUUUGUCCCUGAGAACAUCAAGAGGCUGGACCCCAGGGCCCCGCAGGACUUCAUUAAUUCCUUCCUGGUCCACAUGGACAAGGAGUUCCUGAAUCCUGAGAGUGAGUUCCACUGUAAGAAUCUCGUCUACACAGCGGUCUUACUGUUGUUUGCUGGCACAGAGAGCUCCAGCACCACUCUCUAGUUUGAGAUUCUACUCCUUCUUAAGAACCCCGAUAUUUUAGAAAGUCCGGUGGAGAUUGACAGAGUGAUUGGCUCACACCGUCUUCUAGCCCUGGAAGAUUUGGCAAAAAUACCUUAUACAGACACUGUCAUCUGCAAAAUUCAGAGAUUCAGUGACAUCAUGCCCCUUGGCAUCCUCCGCUCUGUCAUCAAGGACACUCACUUCUGGAGAUACCAUCUGAGACAGGGCACAACCCUGUAUCCCAUCUUGAACUCUGUCCUCCAUCAUCCAUUCCACUUUGAGAAGCCAGAAGCCUUCCACCCUGGCCACCUCCUGGAUGCGGAGGACAACUUCAAGAAGCAAGAAGCCUUUGUUCCAUUCUCCCUAGCGCUACAAUACUAG